UUUUGCCUGGUAGCAUGAAUAAUAUGAUAAAGACAUUCCCCAAAAUGUUUGUUUAUUGUUGACAUUUUCAAUGGGUCUCUAGAGUGUCAUCUAGAAUUGAGACGAUCGAUUCAAACAUACAUAUACAUACAUAUAUGAGUAUAUUUAUGUACGUAAUGGCGUAAUCGUUUUGGAAUCGCUUAAAGUGGUAUCGCUUACAAAUUGAGAUCGACAAACUUGACAUCGAAAUCGUAAUAAAGACGAACGAUGCCGCAUUCUGCUGAUACAGUUCCACUCUGAGCCCACUUACCAAUGUGAGUCGGCACUUUUAUUAUUUUUAGCGACUCAAAAUGUUGCUGUAAUGGAAAUCAAUGUCAAUCGGAUAGACAAAACCCAAAUGGGCAAUCAAUUGCUUGAUGCCGCUGACAUUACAUAAAUACGAGAGUAUUCUUACGUAAUAGCUAAGUCUCGACAUUGUGCAGCAAUUAGAUUGCUAAUGAGCUCUAAUCGCAGCAUCCCAUAAUCACCCAUCUUCCCUCCCGCUAUCAUUCCAUGUUGCAGUUCACAGGCAAAGCACAAGCAAAACCAAAUACAAUGCAAAUGAGUCUCUUGCAACCACCCACAAUUCGAAUGGGUCUGUUGCUCAUUGUCGUCAGCUUCGUUGGUAUAUGUCAAUCAGCGGAUUCACAAAGGCCGCCGAACAUCAUCUUUAUUCUUGCGGAUGAUCUGGGUUUCAAUGAUGUUGGCUUUCGUGGAUCGGCGCAGAUUCCCACGCCGAAUAUCGAUGCUUUGGCCUAUUCAGGUGUCAUAUUGAAUCGUUACUAUGUCAACCCAAUUUGCACGCCCUCGAGAUCAGCUCUCAUGACGGGAAAAUAUCCGAUACAUACAGGGAUGCAACACACGGUGCUUUAUGCCGCUGAACCGCGAGGCUUACCACUGGAUCUAAAAAUAUUGCCACAAUAUCUAAACGAUUUAGGCUACACUUCGCACAUUGCUGGCAAGUGGCAUUUGGGACAUUGGAAGAAGGUUUAUACACCUCUUUAUCGCGGCUUUAGCAGCCACAUAGGUUUCUGGUCGGGUCACCACGAUUACAACGAUCACACAGCAGUGGAGCACGGCUACUGGGGCCUGGACAUGCGCAAUGGAACCGAUGUAGCCUACAAUUUACACGGCCAGCCGACCACAGACGUAAUCACAAAGCAUUCCCUCAAUGUAAUUGCUUCGCAUAAUGCGACAAAGGGUCCGCUCUUUCUUUAUGUGGCUCAUGCGGCGGUUCAUUCAGGGAAUCCGUAUAAUCCACUGCCAGCCAAUGAUGACAUUGUCUCCAAGCUGAGUCACAUUACGAAAUACAAAAGACGAAAAUAUGCAGGUCUUGUCGUGGAAAUGGAUGAUUCUGUGGGCAAGAUUGUGGCCCAACUUCAGAAAUAUCAAAUGCUCGAAAAUUCCAUCAUCGUCUUCUCCACGGACAACGGAGGUCCAGUUGAGGGAUUCAAUUCGAAUUUCGCCUCCAAUUUUCCCUUACGUGGUACCAAAAAUACUCUCUGGGAGGGUGGAGUACGUGGUGCAGCCCUGGUUUGGUCUCCGCGACUUACAAAGCUGCCACGUCUAGCUGAACAAACUAUGCACAUCUCGGACUGGUUGCCCACAUUAGUCGAAGCUGCCGGAGGAAAGCAAGCACUUGGCAAUUUCAGUGCAGCAAACUUGGAUGGAAUGAGCUUGUGGUCCGCCCUGGUCAACGAUAGUAUAUCACCACGCAAGAGUAUUUUGCAUAAUAUCGAUAACAUCUGGGGCAGCUCGGCAAUCACAGUGGACGAGUGGAAGCUGGUGAAUGGCACCAACUACAAUGGGGCUUGGGAUGGCUGGUAUGGAAUGUCAGAGCUACGCAAUCCCAGCGACUACAACUGGGAUCAAGUGACCAAAUGUGUAACAGGUCAGGCUAUGCAAAAGUUGAAGAUGCUACCCUCUAGAGCCGAUCAGAUUCGAUUACGGAGAGCAGCUACACUCCCUUGCCAGAACGACAAACGUGGAGCUGUUUGCAAUCCUUUAAUUGCCCCAUGCCUCUUCCAUUUGGCCAAGGAUCCCUGUGAGAAAAAUAAUCUGGCAAAGCAAUAUCCAAAGGUGCUAGAGCUAUUGUUAAAAGAGCUGCAAUUAGCUAAUGCUACAGCUGUGCCACCAUCAAAUAAACCCGACGAUCCUCGCGGUAAUCCCAGACUUUGGAACUAUACGUGGACUAAUUUCGGAGAUUAUUCUGAUAGCAAGAAUAACAUUAUAACUAAUUCUCCAAUCCUGCUUCAAAAUUGUAUAUGAUAUGACUAAGUAGUUCCCAAUUCUCAAAAGAGAAAGAACUGAGUUUCACAACAUUAAGCAAUUAGAUCAUAGAGAAUUUUGGGCAUUGGUAAUGUUAGGACUUAAGAUCUUUUGAAACUUGUAACAUACGAGUAUUAUAU